CGGUGACCAGCUGUGUCUGAGAACCUCGUUCACGGAACGUUUCCGUGACUAACUGAUCUUCACUUACGCAUCAUUAUGAGGCAGAAAACCAAGAAGAGGAGAACCAGAAAAGAAAACGCUGGUGUUCCAGUUGCUAUAUCACCCACAUGCUCGACAAUCCUCGAAGAAUCCUACGGUGUUGAUAAAGAGAACUUGGGAACUUCUGUGUAUUUUCCAAACGACUACGGCGAAUCCGCAUUGGUAUCAUCUUCGGUUUGCGUGAUCAAAAGCGGAGAAAGCACAGAUAAAGCACUUAGUGAAUCAAAACCGAAUAAUGUGGACAAUAUGAUUGUCGAGGAAGACAUAAAGUCAAUAAACAGUAUCGCCAGCAGCGGUCUAGCCUAUCACACUGCCAACGACGAAGAAGAUUGUUCAUCGUCCAUAAGUGCCGAUUCGGAUGUAAUGGAUACAAGGACACUAGUAUUUGGGGAAGAAGCACUUCCCGAAAUGAAGACCACCAUGAACGAAAAUUACCACUCUCGUAAUGGAAGAGAAGUCGAGCGAAAAAGACGAGGCUCACGGGAUCCUGUAAAAAUCCUGCCGGAUAUUCGAGUUGAGAAUGAUCAUCGAUCACUUCGAGAAGUAGUGUCAUCGUUUUGCGAUCCAAAUACGAACGAAGAACAACGUGCACUGGAUCUCAGCCUCAUUAACAAAAUGAUUGAAAGUAACACCGCGUUCCUAUCACGAACAUGCAUGAGAAAUGAUUUGAUGUCCUUGGGCCUGCUCAAAGGAAUUGCACUAGUGACCGGAACGAAACAUACGAUGCUAGGUCGUGAAGUUCGUCGCUUGGUGGAGUGUGAAAACAGGGAUAGGGUAAUACAAGAGCCACCAAAGGAAACGCUGGACCGCCGAUCAGCCAUAGAUUUGCUGUUCGAAUGGUUCGAUAAUUCAGAAAAUGGUAGCGAAGUGCUGAGAAAGUACCAGCUUCUUCACAUGUUGGCUGAAAAUCCUAGAAUGCCAUCUACGAAGUGGGAAUGCCUGAUGUCUAGUAUCUCAAAAAUCCUAGAGGCUAAAAGCGUUGUGAUGAGAAGAGGAAGAUCAGACGCCAAAAAGGAAACUAACACGAGCCGGCGACCUUAUUCUGACAUUCUAAAUGUUAGCGCUGAUGAUACCAACAUUUUACCUCGAGACUGUACACAACAGAUAAGUUCGGCGUCAACCAGUCCGGCACCAUCGGAUCCGGGUGAAGAGAAACCUAAUGCUAUUGCUGCGUCACCGAAGCGGAACUCCCUGGAAUCUGAUAGUCUUGUGCUGAUGACAAAUGCUCCAAUGCCAAAAAUAAAAAUGAGACCACGAUCCGUCUCGCGAAGUCGUGCCACUCGUCUUGCCUUGAUACCUCCAAAUGAACGUAAUACUAAUCAACUUAUUGAACCAUUAAAGCCACUGAAGAUUGAAAAUGGACCUAUAGAUCCUGCCCUGGGCAAUUAUGCCUCUAAACCUGAUGAAAGCCCAUCUUCUCCUAUACCACCUGCACCUGCACCGUCAACUCCACCCGAGCAACCUAAUCCACCUAAGAAAGGCCAAUCAUUUUCUGUAUCUUUUGUUACAACAAUAUCUCCUGCCAAAAAGCUUUGUAAUGUCACCACUCCAUGCACACCACCUCCAGCUCCACCUCCUCCACCUGCUGGCCUUCUGAAGAAAGCCGAACCCACUGCCAUUUGCUCUACUAAUGAUGAUCGUGCUGCCAGUGUCCCUCCACCUGCACCACCACCUCCUCCUCCUGGACUUCUGACUAGAUCCUCAUCUGAAUCUGCAUGUUGGCCUGCCACUUCAUCUCAAGCUGAACCAUUGGCGGAACUGACAAAGUCAUCCAACGUCGAAAAUGAAGGAUUAAAUCCUUCAAUGAGUUUGACAGCUUUUUCUACUGAUUCCGCUGCCGCCUCUAAUGCCCCAACUGUGACUAGUGAUGAAGACAAAAACCCUUCCUCAAAUCAAACGACCGCCUCGCCGCCACCUACGCCAGCUCCACCACCACCUCCUCCACUACCUCCGCCGGGAUUGCUCAAAGUCCAGAAUGGUGCUAUCCCUCCUCCACCACCUCCGCCACCUCCUCCGCCGCCGCCGCCUCCACCAGGAAUGUUUUCUAAGUCACCCACUGCCAUAUCGCCGUCAUGUACCGCACGAAGUGAUGAAGUUUAUCCCAAGAAGAAAAAGACCUACACGCUGUUGUGGCAAGCUGUCAGCCAACAAGCGAUAACAAACGUUCAUACUGUAUGGAAUGAAUACACGCGACCUGAGUUUGGGGUAGAAGAAAGAGAUCAGGUGCAAAUGUUAUUUGAAAGAGCCGAACCUACUAACCUCUCUCGAUUCAACACCGAAAGAAGAAGCCUGCGUGAAAGACCCAAGUCAGAGACAACGUUUGAGCUGCCGCAGCAGAAAGCGCUAAAUCUUGAGAUUGUACUUGCUAAGCUUCGCCCACUAUCCGUUAUGGACCUUAUCGCUCGUAUUGAAUCGCAUAAUAUUGACGGAAUUUCUAUCGAUUUGUUAUGCUCACUUGUAAAGUAUUUUCCUACUGAUGAAGAGAUGCUUAUGUAUAAAAACGCUCCUCGAGACCAAGUAAAGCGUAGUUGUGAUAUAUUGUGCUGGGAAGCGGCUCGUCGUCCUACAUUGAAGAUAAGGACUGAACUUGCAAUCGCGCGGGAACAGAUAUUGUCUGAUUUCAAUCGCCAUGCCGAGUCAACAAGACGAAUUCGUGAUGCUUGCGAUGCCCUACGCUCACCUAUACUCGUUCACCUCCUACAUAAGUGCCUUCAGUACGGGAACUACAUUAAUCAGGGUACGGCGCUCUCGAAAGCUGUCGGGUUCAAAUUCUCAUCAUUGCCUACAAUCCUGAGUGCCAAGGGAAAGCAAAAAGCUGCUUCCAACCUGCGCCUUGUUGACUUAUUAGCUCAGUAUGUUGAGUUCGAUACCAUUGCUUUGGAGGAAGUGAUAUCUACAUUGCAGAGGGCAAAGACGAUAACCUUAAAUGACAUCGAGGCGGCAGUAAAAGAGCUGAAUGCUUCGGUGACGCGUCUCAAACAACAGCUGAACGGUGCUGGAACCGCGGACGAUACUUCGUUGCAGGAAGCCUACCAGCCAUUUUUGGAGAGCGCUAAGACGAGGGGAUCGAGUCUACUUGAAGAUGUACAAGGCUUGAGAGGUGUGGAAAACUCGUUGCAAGCAUUUUUAUGUGCAAAUACGAUGAAGCUAGAAGAAAUCAUAAACAUUACGGCUGAUGCGUUGCUGAUGUUAUCUACGUCUAUCAAGGAGCGAGCAGUGGUGAAAUUGCGAUCAGCCUCGGUUUCAAUGACAUGUCCUCGACAAACAGCUGGCCGUGAACGAUUCGCAAUGCAUCGCCGAAGUCUUCAGCCGAAUCGUCUCAACGUUGAAACAAUGCGCCAGAUGUUCCUCGAAGCGGCCAAUCAGUGAGCUCGGCUCUCACUGGCUCGAUCCCGUACGCGGUCCCAGACAACUCGGUGUGGUCCUCUAGUCAUUCUCUUUACAUUUAACUAACUUUUCUUCUCUUUUUCUUUGUAAUCCUAAUAUUGCUGAUGACCUGUACAGUACUGGUAUUUGACAAAUAAUAUAGUUUGUGUAUUACAGAUUUCUGCUUAUCUAUUCAUAAUAGUGCGUUGUGAACCAUAUGUGUGUGUUUUCAUUUGUCAUUCAUCC